AUGGCGGCGACCACCCAGGCGAAGAGCUCUUCUGCAACGUCAGCAGCUGAUCCCAAGAUGGAUAAGUCCACAGUUGCAGGGGAUGCAUGCAUGUCUGAUAUGCUCAAGAUGAACUUUUUGUCAAGUCCAUCCACUUGUGACGUCACGAAUCAGGCAAGUGGAGCUGCUGAGAGCGUGGCUGAUCAUGUCAAUGAGUGUGGCACCUGCAUCUCCCCUCGUCGGAAAAAAUCCAUGGAGGUGCUCAAGGUUUUAAAGCGUUAUGUAAGGGGUCUGGAAAUCGCCUUAAGGAGCCAAUCAUUUGGUCGGGGAACCCAUUUCCCAACGAAGGUGGGGAUGGGGAAUCCCCGAUAUGAAUAUUGCGAGUAUGAAGGCGGAGAUGGGGGAAAAAAGCUUAACAGUUCUCUCUCGGGUCUGUCUCUUCGCUGCCCUCUGUUUCUCUUCACUCUCCGGUGGCUUUGCUCCGAAUCUGUGGUCCUUCAGCUCUCAGUCUCUCCUCACUCAGCUCCGACUGUCUCUUCUCUCUUCCUCUCCCAGCGACAGGGAAAUAUGGUUGGUGAAAUGAAGUUGAUGAUUGCGGAGGAACAAAAAUUCCAAGGGAAAGCAUUGUCGUUAUCCCAUACGAAGACGGCAAUCACUACGAUCAAGGAGAAAUUCACUGAACAACAGCUGCAAAUGUUUGAACAGAGUUGUUUUGGUCAUCUCCUAGGGAUUGAGGACCUCAAGUGGACUUCUCCGAUUGUCCACGGGUUGCUGCUCAGGAAAGCUGAUCCCAAGACAGUUUCCCAACUGAACGGGAUCAAAUUCAUUGUUGGCAAGAAGGUCAUCCAAUUCACGGCGCAGCAAUUUUGCAUCGUGACAGGGCUAAGGUUUGGAAACCUUCCCUUUAUUCCGAUUCCCACGAAUGAGAACUGCUCAUUGAAACGGAAGUACUUUGCCAACGAUAAAGCUGUGAACCUGUUGGAAUUAGAAAAGGCCUUCCUCGAAUGCGAUGAUGUGGACGAUGUAUUCAAGCUUGGAUUCUUAUACUUUGCUGUCUUUGUGCUGUUGGGCAGCGAAAAACAUGUCCACAUUGACAUGCGAUAUUUGAAGUUGGCGGAAGACCUUGAAGAGUUUGGGAAGUAUCCAUGGGGUGCUGUGUCUUAUGCGAAGACAAAUGCGUCACUGCUGAGGGCACUUUGUGCAGAUUACCAGCGAGUGAAAGUGCCCACAAAAACUGCCAAAACAAAAAAAUCUGGAAAGAAACCAACAACAACGGCAACCGGUAGACCAAGAGAGUACCACCUCAAAGGUUUUCCGUAUGCACUUCAGAUUUGGGCGUAUGAGGUGUUUCCAGCGUUGGCUGCACUACAUUUGGUGGUGCACGAAGAAAAUGCGCACAUCCCUCGUUUACUACAUUGGAGGAGCAAUAGUUCGCCGCGUUUUUAUGAGCUAAUGAGCCAAGUAUUCGAGAACCGUGAG